AUGGAGUCUCACCAAAGCUGCAAAACAACAACUCUAAGCCCAGGUAGCCCUGGCACUUCAAAAGUGGAGUCAGAGCAGAUUUGCUGUCGUGUCCUUUCCGACAACUCUAGUGAGAUCUCUGAGACCUUUACGAAGAAGGGAAAGGAAGAAGAAAACUAUAAGCAAACUGAAAGAAACACCUCUGGCUCCUUGGGUUCUUCAGGACAAUGCAAGACCUUGUCUCACGCCUCUGGAAGAAAUAUUGUAAGUAAGAAACAGACAAGUUUAAAGAAUGAAACCAAAUUGUUGAAUGUGACAGACUCCGUUGCUUUAGAAAACAAAUGGUUUAAAAAAUGGAUUAAUUGUCUCAAGGCCAAAGAAAAUCCUACUGCCCAAAACCAACAAAGCCCCAAGCCCCCAAAAGAAGUUGAGGAAAUAACGGAGGAAGAAUUGGAUUCCCUAUGCUUUUUUUGUACCACUAGGAUUGAUUUAAUGUCUAAGCAGAAGAAAAAAAGUAGAACUAAAAAGCUGCAGUAUAAAUCAGGUGUAGAGAAUCCUGUGUCAGAUAAGUCGAAUCUCGUUGUGACUGUUUGGCAGGUAAACAGACUCAAUCCUCAAGACCCAAAGGCACAGGUGAGAAAAAUGGCAUUAAUUAAAGAAUAUAACUCAGCACAUAGUUCUGACCAUAACAAGAAAAGAGAGCUUAAACAAGUUGCCUUCCAGACAGAGAAAAAGACCUUUCUAGAAUCAACUAGACCAGAAGAGAAAAUGGAAGAAUACAAGUAUAUCAAAGAUAUUCUCAUCCUCAUUGGAGAAAUCCAUAAAAACCUUCCCAGACUUUCAGAUAACCCAGAAAAAAUCUGGAAAAGAUUAAAUAUAAGAGGUUAUAAUAGAUAG